AUGGUUGUCACCAAGUCAAAGGCAGAGUAUACGCCUGACGAUACGAAUUUCACGCCAGGGAAGAAUUCCCAUCUCAGUGCCCUCGACCCAGGCUUCGCAUCCCUAAAGCCUACGAUUGAUCCUCUAAUUGAAUCUGUAUGGGAGCCCUCCUUAUCACUUGAGGACUUUCGCAAGCUAUGGCUGAAUGACCAAACACCUCCACCGGGGUGUCCUGUCGAAGGGGAGGAUGUUGUUUCCGAAACGAGGAUGAUUCCCAUGCGCGACGGUCAUGAGAUCGAGAUCAAGAUCUAUCGGAAGAAGGGCGACGACGGUACAAAAGCCCUGAUGAUGAGGGCACCUGAGUGGCGCUUCCCCUACGCCGCAAAUGACUGUUUUGACGCCUUACAAUGGUGCCAAAAAAACGCGUCUACUCUCAAUGUAGACCCUGCAAAGACUCUCCUUAAUGGCGGUUCCGCCGGCGGUGGCCUAAGCCUGGUAACGGCUCUCGCUGCGCGCGAUGCCGGGCUCCCCCUUCUCGCCUAUGUCGCCACGUUCCCUGUCACUGUCCACCCAAAGUAUGCGCCAAGGGACAAGUACGAGCUCAAGAGCUUUGCCGAGAACAAGAAUGCCAGUGUUGUCAACGAUGUGCGGCUGGAGUGGUUCACAGAUAUGUACAUGCCCGAGCCCUGCGAUGACUGGAGACUCAGUCCAUUGUUGGCAGAGAGUCUGAAAGGUCUACCACCUGCGCAUAUCGUGGUGGCUGGGUACGACUGCCUGAGGGACGAGGGUCUUGCCUAUGCUCAACGACUCAAAGACGAGGGCAACGAGGUCGACCUGAAUGUCUAUGCCGGGCUGCCGCACUGCUUCUACAUGAUUGGUGACCACCCCAAGGUGCGCAAGUACUUUGAUGACAUGGUGGCUUUCGUGCAGAAGUACACGUGUUGA